GGCGAACGUCCGACAGCGACGUCGUCCGGAGUGUCCGAGACGAGCGCGAGCAAACGGAGAUAGUCCUGACCUGAGAUUUACGUCCUUGAAAGCCGUCUACGAGCACGCGAAGCACGACUUCGGUCGCUCAGCAUUCCUCGGGGAUCUCGCGCGAACGGGGACUUUCAUGUCAAACGACGACACUCUCUCAGUUCCGACGGGUUAGUGGCAUGACAGCCGAUAAAACGUAGCUGAACGGCCUGAACGUAGCUGCUGUUGACAGACCGCCCGCCAUCUUUCCGGCGUGGUUCCGCGCACGCGCGGGAUACGCGGCGCGAAUCUCGAAUCUCGACGCGUCGUUUUAAUUCAAAUUCUGCGGAAUUGCCGACUGCAAAGUUUCCAGCUGUGUAACGUUCGUCAUCGUUAAUUAACUUUUUCCUCCUUCCAUAUAUUAAACAAGAUUAAUUAUUGAAAGAUUAAUUAUUCUAUCUACAAAAUAAUAAAAUCUAGUACAGGGUAUCGAUCGAUGAAUAUAUCAUAAAUAAUCGAUUAAUUAAUCGAAGUCGGAGUGGCCGCGAGCCGCGACACUCGCCGAGGGGGCGCUGCCGCACGAGGAAUCUUUCACGCGACUGCCGCGCAUCGCGAUACCCCGGCCGGAAUAUUCCGGAUACUCGUCGGCGACGUCGGCAUCGAGGACGGCGAGGACUGCCGAGGACGAUCGAGAAGAUCGCCCGCAACGCGAACAGGACCGGGACCGAGGAGUGGAGAGUGGACGCGUCCGCAUGAUCGUCGCCUGGACCGCGCGUUCCCUCGUGCUCUCGCAGCCUCGUGGUGUCCUACGUCGGUGAGAGAGAGAGUGAGAGAUUCGUCGUCCUAUCCAGGUCUCCUCGUCGCGAUCCCGGUGGUGCUGGGUGUCACGUCGUGACCGUCCGCGGCUAACGAUUCCCGGUCGUAGGAAUGACCGCCUCGAGCGGCGUGGCCGGCAGCAGCCCGCUGCCGAAGUGGCAGCUCGCGCUCGUGGUCGGGGCGCCGGUCGCCCUUGGCCUCGGCUACAUGUACUACAGGAACAGGCACAGCGGCAGCGGCAAGGUCGACGAGCCGGAACGCGACAGGUUCAGGAGCGGCGCGGCCAAGGAGAACGGCGCGCCCGCCGACAAGCAGAUCUCCAUCGACGGCGAUUGCCUACCCAAAGUGCCUUCACCCGCGGCCGAGCCGGAGACUCCUUUACAAAAGGCGCAGAAGUAUAAGAAUGAAGGAAAUGUACAUUUCAAAACGGGAAAAUAUGACGAGGCUAUUGCUCGAUAUAAUAAAGCAAUCGACGUUUGUCCAAAAGAAAACGUGGAGGAUCUCGCGACUUUUUAUCAAAAUAGAGCGGCUGCGUAUGAGCAAUUGAAAAAAUAUAGUGCUGUAAAAGCAGACUGUACAAAAGCGUUAGAAUUAAAUCCAAGAUAUGCAAAAGCUUUGCUACGUCGGGCGCGUGCUUUAGAGCAGAUAGGAGACUUGGAAGCUGCCUUGGAAGACGUGACUACCGCAUGUAUUUACGAAGGCUUUUCUAAUCAGACUUCCCUUUCAUUGGCAGAUAAGGUCUUGGAAAAACUUGGGAAACAACACGCCCAGGAAAAUUUGGCAAACAAAAAGUUUAUAAUGCCAAGCAAGCAUUUCAUCAAAACUUACAUUAUGUCUUUUCCCAAGGAUCCAGUGUUUUCUAGACUUCAGCAUCCGGAAAAUAUUCCAGAAUUUUUCAAAAAACCAUUACAAGCGUUGAAAGACACGGAAUACGAUGACAUAAUACCGCUGUGCACGGAAAUCAUUAAAAACCCCGAAUUUGACACGUUACCUUCAUCUAAACUAGAGGUGCUAUUAUUACGAGCUACGUUUCACUUACUUUUGGGCGAACACGAUGCUGCAAUCCAAGAUUUUGAAACGAUAUUGAGCAGCGAAGAUGCGUCCGAUGACGUGAAGAUAAACGCCCUGAUAAAGAGAGCGACAUUAUACAUGCAACUCGAUAAUCCCGAAAUGACUUUUAAAGACUUUGAUUUAGCCAUUAGUAUGAAUUCAACUUGUAGCGAUAUCUAUCAUCAUAGAGGACAGGUAAAUUUACUCAUGAACAGAAUAGACGAAGCUAAGCUCGAUUUUGAAAUGGUCGUUGAAUACAAUCCAAACUUUGGCAUAGCAUAUGUGCAAAAAUGUUACACGGAUUAUCGUUUUGCGAUGUUCAAUAGAGAUGUAGGAUUAGCCGAAUCGGCUGUGAGAGACUUUGAGAGAGCUUUCGAGAAGUACCCAGAUCCUCCUGAAUGUAUAUACUGUUAUAUAUUGUAUGCUCAGAUGAUGUCCGAAACUCAACAAUACCAGAAGGCUGAUACUUAUUUUGCUAAAGCAAUAGAGAAAGAUCCGGAGAACGCAACUGUCUAUGUGCACAGAGGUUUACUGCAAUUGCAAUGGAAUGGUAAUGUUGAUAAAGCUGUGGAAUACAUUUACAAAGCGAUAGAAUUGGACGAGAAAUGCGAGCUUGCAUAUGAAUCACUAGCAAGUAUCGAAGUACAAAGAGGAAAUAUAGAGGAAGCAAUAAUAUUAUUUGACAGGGCUUUGGUAUUAUGUCGUACAUUCAUGGAACUGACACACAUAUACAGCUUGAGAGACGCUGCGAAAACACAACUUAAUAUAAAGAAUCGAUUAGGUAUGGACGUCAUUCGGUCGUCCUCUCGAUUCAUCCCGAAUUCCAUGUUCUAAAUUAUUAAGAAAUUAAAAAUAAAAGACCACUGUUACUAAA